AUCGCGCUGUGAGGAGUCUGGGAAUCCUGAGCCUCUGAUCUGUCUCUUUAAGCGGGACGGACUGCCUCAUCUGCUGCUGGGACGGUUGUGCUCCUCGCGCCCGUAGAUAAACUUCUGCUUCCACACUAGUUAGACAAGACAGGACAGCCGAUUUGCCGUGGCCAAAAGUGUUAUGACCGAGCUUCGCAAAAGACAAAUGAAAGUCAGCUAUAGCUGCGCGUAAGUGUGCGCAAACAGAUACGGCGGAGUGAAUGGAGCAGGAGCGCGGACGGAAUAAGACUGGAUGGGAAUGGGAGGUGUUUUACUCUGAAGUCUGUCCUUGAAGCGCACAGGACAGAGACAUCAAAGAAGGCAAGGGGACGGGAAGCGAAACUUUAAAUGCACGUUUUUCGGAGCAGUCUGGAUGUAGGGCGUCCAUCUAGAAUGCUUUCCAAUAAAGUACGUGGCAGCCGAAGAAAGCACGAAGGGGAAAGCGUUUGCUGUGAUCCACGGAGAGGAGUAACGUGUGCAUGUGUUUCUCAUCCAUCUCCAGUGAUAUGGCAGGGAACUGACUGAGAGAGAGUUCAUACACGAGAAAUUCAUCUGGGAACUGCCAAGGUGCUGAUCUCUGGAGUCAGGGCAAACCAUCAGAAAUGAAAGAGCUCAUCUCAUCACGCAUGAACAUUAGACUGGACUCCAGGCAUCUUCUGACUGCACAUAAACCACUAAAUGCACUUAAUGUCUCUGAGCUGAAGUGACAUUCGCCCCCCGGACUUCAGCUGGAAGCCCUAAAUUGAGCUUUGAAUACGGAAGAUGUCCCAACAGAUCUGAAAAUUUCACCUCAGCGCAAGACACAUUUUACAAAAUCACACGCAGGUUUUUCCACGGAGACGUUGCCCUUUUGGAAGAAACUGGUGGAUUUCGGAAAUUUUGCCAUCUAAAAAACUUCCAUGCUGACACUCCUAAAAGCUGUGGCGCCCCUUGCCUUUCUCUCAUGCCCAUGGACCCAUCCAGUGCCAUGCUCUCACAGGCGCUCCUGCUUUUACAGUGCAUUAUUCUGACUCUCGGCCAGUACGAUAUCUGUAAGUCGCUGGUCAGCACAGACGAUGGACCGACAUGGGAAUAUUACGCUUGCCAGCCCAAACCCAUGUCCAUGAAGGAGUACAUGCAGAUUAGAGUGGAGCCUCCCGAUAUCACAUGUGGAAACCCACCGGAGAGAUACUGCACUCUGGAAAACCCAUACCUGUGUAGUGACGAAUGCGAUGCCUCCACCAAAGAACUGGCUCAUCCUCCAGAGCUGAUGCAAGACAGCGAGCGAACCGGACUCAUCACCUACUGGCAGACGGUAACAUGGAGUCGAUAUCCUGAGCCUCUUCUGGCCAACAUAUCCUUAUCCUGGAACAAAAGCCUUGAGUUAACAGAUGACAUCCAGAUAUCCUUUGAGUAUGGUCGGCCCACAAUAAUGGUGCUAGACAAGUCUCUGAAUUAUGGACGAACCUGGCAGCCUUACCAGUACUACGCUGACGACUGCAUGGAGGCUUUUGGGAUGUUGGCAAAAAGAGUGCAGGAUCUUUCGGCCACCAACGUGACCAGAGUUAUAUGUACCGAGCAAUACUCUCGCUGGGUUGGUUCCAAGAAUGAGAAGAACGUGCGCUUUGAAGUCCGGGAGCGCUUCGCCAUAUUUGCUGGGGCAAAACUGCAGAACAUGGACAACUUGUACACACGCAUGGAAAGUAUGAAAGGUCUCCGAGACUUUUUCACCUUCACAAACCUACGACUUCGGCUGCUGAGACCGGCGCUCGGAGGAACAUACGUACAGAAAGACAACCUUCUCAAGUAUUUCUACGCCAUCUCCAACAUCGACAUACCAGCAAGGUGUAAGUGUAACCUCCACGCCGGCCAGUGCUCCCUCCGUGAUGGGACGCUUCAGUGCGACUGCGAGCACAACACCACGGGACAAGACUGUUUGGUCUGCGAAAGAGGAUUUAAAGCCAAGUCCUGGAAGCCCGGCUCGUACCUGCCCACCCCGAACGGCUCCCCGAACAUUUGUGAGGCGUCGGGAACGUCUGGCAUGCCAACACUAGCGGUUACACUUGAUCCAGCCACUGCACCAGUGCUGAUAACUACAUCAAUAUCACCAUUCAUAGUCCAGCUGACAUCAGAUUCAACAACCAAAGGUUCAGUCCAGCCAAUCUCAGUCCCCCAGACUCCAGAUCCAUCAGCAUCUCUAGACACCAUUACAGACACGGCCACCUCCAGCGACACAUCGACUGCAGGCGGCUCAGCCAUCCCUGAAUCCCUCACCAAUACACCAGCUGCUACCAUCUCAAGCCAGACAGACACCUCGACUUUAACUACGAUGCCAUCUCCGUCUAAUCCAGCACUCACAGUCAUCCCCACCACACCUGAUCAGCCAGUUUCCGCAGCACCAGAUGUGAUACCCGAUGCAGCCACCACAGCAACUGACACCGUCUUUGCAACAACUGCCUUUGGUGCAAGCAAUCCACGAUCUGCUCUUCCUGAGGUUACUGAUGCACUUGCUUCAUCAUCUGAUGCCACUGCAACAACACUUAAUAUGGUCAUCCGAGCAACCAUGGCAACAACACCUUCUGUAACCAUGGCAACUUCUGAAACAACAUCAGAUAACACUAUUCAGCUGCCAACAUCUCCUUCUAAUGAUGCAGUUUCACCUCCAGUGGAAACCAGUACAGCGGGUUCAGAAAAUAUGGCAGCUGUUCCUUCAACUGAUGCAACAAUGAAAACAGUUGAUGAACUCCCUCCAGACAUUGAUGUGGUCGUCUCAGCAACUAGUGUUCCUUUACCUUCUCCAUCAGAUAGAGAUGCACCUGUAAUUGAUGCUGACCCCACUAUAACAGAUGCUCCUGCACCAGAGGCUGGUUCUAUUGCACCUGCAAGAGAUGCAGAUGCUCCUGCCACUGCUGCUGUGGCUCUUGAAACUGAUGAGGAUGCAGAAGUUACAAAUGUGUCAGAUGAAACCAAAGCAGCUCCUGAAGGUCCGGGUGAUGGUGCUGAAGUCGUCAUGAGAAGUGAAGAAACAGUCAGCACUGACGUAGACUCGCCUACAUCGGGUGUAACUCUUCUGACAGGUGAGCCAGUGCCUGAUGCUACUCCUCCACCUGAGAGUAAACCUCCACCUGAGACCAAGGAGGAAAAAACAGAAGCCAAAGAUAAAGACACUCCUGAGAUUCAAGCUCCUUCUGAAGUGGAAGAGAAGAUUGAAGAGCUUCUCGUUGAGAUCAAGGAGGAUAAAACGGAAACAGAUUUGGUCAAUGAAGAUGAAGAUGCUCCUGACAUUAAACCUUCAUCUGAAGUAGAAGAGAAACGUGACGUUCCUCUUGUUGAGAUCAAAGAAAAAGAAACAGCUACAAAUUUGGAAAAUGAAGAUAAAGAUGCUUCUGACAUUAAACUUCCAUCUGAAGUAGAAGAGAAGAUGGAAGAUCUUCCUGUUGAGAUCCAGGAGGAAAAACAGAAAACAAAUGUUGAGAAUGAGGAUAAAGAUACUCCUGACAUUAAACCUUCAUCUGAAGUAGAAGAGAAGAGUGAAGUUCCUCUCGGUGAGACCACGGAGGAUAAACCGUCAACCAAGCUGGAUGAUAAAGAUACUCUUGACGUUAAAACUUCUCCUGAAAUAGAAGAGAAGAAUGAAGAUCCUCUUGUUGAGACCAAGGAGGAAAAAACAACAAAGAAAGAUGAAGAUGCUUCCGACAGUAAACCUCCAUUCAAAGUAAGAGAAAACAGUGAAGAACCCAAAAUGGAAAAACCCGAAACAAAUUUGGAGAAGAAAGAUAACAACACCCCUGAUAUUAAACUUUCAUCUGAAGUAGGGGAGAAGAGUGAACUUCCUAUUGCUGAAACCAAGGAGAAAAAAGAGAUAAAGAAUUUAGAAAAGAAAGAUAAAGAUGCCCCUGAUCGUAAACCUUUAUCCAAAGUAGGAGAAAACAGCGAAGAGUCCAAGGAAUCGAAAACAGCUUUAAAUUCGGAGAAGAAAGAUAAAGAUGCAGAAGCCUCAGUGUCUGGUGACAUUAAGAACGACAAACUGGACAAAACCAGAGAAGCGGAGAAAACCGAAAAGAGCAAAGAAGCCAAGGAGGAAAAGAAAGAGAAAGAAAAGCACAAAGAAAAGGAGUUUAAAGAGUAUGAGAAAAAAGUUGUUGCAAGGAUUUUGAUCCCCGGAGGGCCCAAAACACAGUUGUCACGAAUAGCGUACAUCAAAUUUCAAGACUGCGAGUGCAACGGUCACUCAAAUCGCUGCAGUUACAUUGAUUUCAUCAACAUUGUGACUUGUGUGAGCUGCAAACACAACACUCGAGGGCAGAACUGUCAGCACUGCCGCCUCGGAUACUUCCGGAAUGCUUCGGCCGAGUUGGACGAUGAGAAUGUUUGCAUAGAGUGUAACUGUAAUCAGCUGGGCUCCAUACACGCCCGCUGCAAUGACACAGGCUUCUGCCAGUGUCGAGACGGCACCGCGGGCCAGAAGUGUGAGGACUGUCUGCCUGGAUAUACCUGGAAGCAAGGCUGCGUGCCAAACGUGUGCGACGACGAGUUCCUCUUGUGUCAGAAUGGCGGCUCCUGCAUUCAGAAUCAGAAGUGUGUGUGUCCGCCCAACUUCCGGGGUGUUUUGUGUGAGCAGCCGCGCUGCCAGGGUGAGAAAGGGUGCAUCGACGGCGCAUCGGCCUGCUACCUCAGCACACUGACGCUGCUGCUCUGCCUUUUAGCCAACAGCCUGCUUAAAGCCAGCGCCUAGAAGCCCAUCUUAGUCCUGAUAUCAAUCCUAGUCUACUCUACGCAGGCCAAAGGGCUGAACCCUGCGGACGGAGAGAGAAAGAAAAAGAGAGAGAAAGAGUGGCCUGAACCCCGUACGGAACCAGCCUCAAGGUGCUGACAUCUUUUUUGGAAAGGCGGGUGGUUCAGCUGAAGUCAAAAAAGCCUUGGUGAGACGAAAAGCGAAUCGCUCGUCUCUUAGCAUCACCGAUCGCCUGAACUUCAUACCAAAAAACAGAAUAAAGACAUGUUCCGUUUCAGCUCACUCUACACAAAGACUCUAGAAGAAAGCGAAGAAAUCUAUAGAUGAGGUUUCAUUUCCUUUGCAUUUCUACUUUCUCUGUAGUUUCGACGCUCACUGAGAUACAAGCACUGCACUUAGCCAGCUUGUUUUAGCCGACGGUUGAUAUCACGGAAGCCUACUAAUGCCAAGUUACUCUUCUUCUCUUGAAGACUUUUUACAUUUCCUUUCAUUGCUGCAUUUUUUUCUUGCAUUUUAUUGCCAUUGAGGUUGUAAUACGUAGAUGAAAACUGAUGGAAAAGGUGUUUAAUCAGUGUCCUGUUAGUACGAGGAACGAAUGUCUCUUUAGCUUGUGUUUGAGAUUAUGUUUCUGGAAUGUAGAGAAGAGAGAUUUUAAAAUUGUCUAAUUGAACAAAUAUAUAUAUAUAUAUAUAUCAGUCUAUCUGAAAGGAAAACAAAGUAUUGUAUAAUAUGAUCAUUAUUUCACUAUUUUUUUGUAGAAAUUGUUAUUUUUGUUCGGAAGUAAAUGUUACCAUUGUAAAGACAUUGCAGCCUUUAUUGCGGUGCAUACGGUAUUCACACCAUGGUAAAACUAUAUUUGAUGAUACAGCAGAGUGCAUCUCUAAUAUAUUUGGAAUAUUUCUUCAUUCACAUCAAAGCAUACAACGGUUCAUUCACAGCUUUAGCUCAAUGUAACGCGCACAUCAUCUUAAAACUGGCAUGUAUUAUUCAUCUGUGCAGAUAUGGCCAUUCAGGACUGCUUAUUAUCACACUUCUACAGGUAUGAUGAUGAUACCUAAAGCACAAAGUCCCACAAACCCCCAAUAAAUAUGACUAACAAGCACAUAAAAGCACACUAUCGAUCAAUGCAAUUGAAACGAACGAUUCAAAAUCCAUAUUAAAAGUCAGCACAUUAUAUAUCAUGCAAUCAGAUAACUUUUUACUUUCCUUUCUCACGUGAGUCUCAAAGAAAUGCCAAAAUCUUUAGCGGCUCAUGGGCUUUUUAAAAAUUUUUUUUUAAUGUAUUUCAUCUUUACAAAAUGCUUUACAUUUAUAACGAGCCAGGGUAAAUAAAACAUGACUGAAUAUUAUAAAUGAAUAAAACCUGACAAUCAGAAAGCACAGA